AAAAAGUAUCACACGGCUGACAUUGUUGGAUCGACAGUCAUGGGUGUCAAACAUAUUACCAUCGAGCUGGACCCAGUUGAAACUAGUACGUCGUCACAUUGUUAUGGUUACACACCUGGACAGGUCGUGUCUGGUGCUGUUGUCGUUUGGGGCACUACGAAAGUUAAUUUAAAUGGCUCGUACAUCGAGGUCGAGGGGCGUGCAAAAGUAGCCUGGAACAAGAACGACGUUUCGUACUGUGCACAAAGUUCCUAUUUGAAUCUCAAGAUUCUUUUGACACAUGAUUCUUCACCUAUUGCAGUAUUUACCAAUAGAGUCAAGUUCCCCUUCAAAUUUGCACUUCCACCCGAUAUUCCAAGCUCCUACGAAGAUAAAUCGGGCAAUAUUCGAUACAGCCUCAAAGCCGUGCUAAAGAGACGAUCAUUAUUCAAAUUUGAUUAUGUCAGUCGAAUGUAUUUUACCGUGAACGCCAUCGUGGAUCUCAGCAAAGACGAAACUUCUUCGUUUCCAUUGCGAGAAUCCAUGUCAAAACCGCGGUCCGGUUUGAAGAGGAUUAUGGCAGAUGCCUGGUUAGAUAAAACGGGCUACAUACCUGGUGAAGAAAUUCAGUUUAACGCAACUAUCGAUAAUUAUAGCGGUAAAUCUGUAAGGGGAACUACCGUUCAACUUAUUCAGUACACCACAUUCACCGAUGGAAAACAUGAAAAUAAGGCGAAGAAAGUUCUCUGGGAGAAAAAAGGAAGAUCAAUCUGUGAUAAUGAAGUUCAAGUUUGGGAAAGCUUUCCUAUUAUUGUUCCACAUGUUCCAUCGUCCGGCAUGCCGUACUGUGAUUUAAUCUAUACAUCUUACGUGAUAAAGUUAAUUGUGGAUCCUGGAUUCUUCGAUCGUAAUUUAACUAUUCGUCUAAAUAUCACGAUUGGAAAUGUUAGGAGUACUGCUCGUCGAAAUUUAACCAAUUCAACUCCGUUACCUGCAAUUACACCUGAUCGGACAUUAGGUAGCACCAUGUCGAGAGGUGUAGGGGAACUGCAGCUUGGCAGUCCGCCUCCAACUUACGAAGAAUGUGAACAGGCAAAAGUUUCAUAUCGUGAUUUUAUAGCCGAAAUGAAAAUCAAGCACAAUUAAAAUUUCCUUUCAGUUCGUAGGGCUUCAAACCAAAUAGUUUUAAAUAUCCUCAAAGUUUGAUUAUUAAAUUUUUUCAGAUAAUUAU